UUGAGGUAAAGCAUCCAGUUUUGUAUCAGACAGGGAUUGAAUGAAUACAAGAUGCCCACCAAUCAACAUCGCGUAUUUUCACGGUCUGUGCUUGUCAUCGCAUUUCUAGCGGGUACCUGGUGCUUGCUCCAAGAUAUUUCUGCAGCUGCAGAUGAAGCAAUUUUAAAAUUUGAUUGUCGACGCAGAGGCGCAAUUUGUAGUGAGAACAAAUUAUGUCAUCAAGAAAACGGGACUUGUGAUUGUCGUGAAGAAGAUUUUUCGUUUCAAUGUGAAAAAUUUUUUCCUACUUGUCAAUCGUGUUCACCGCACGGUUAUUGCCGACUGAAUCCUACAAUUUUUCCAUGUGUGUGCGACGAAGGCUUUUAUGGAGACCGCUGUCAUUUACCUAGAGUACAAGUUUCCUGCAAAGUGGACUCAAUGUACGUCAUCAUAAAUCCGUAUGGUGAAUUUCAUGGAGAUAUUUUCAUUUUCAAUCGUAGCUCUGAAUCUUCAUGUAAAUUUAGUCCAAUCAAUGCUUCUGAACAAAGUGACAUACUUGAAGCUUAUCAAUUCCAAAAUAUCUCGGAUAUACGAGGUUACGGAAUAGAAAUCAACCAUACAAGUUCAGAAUGUGGAUCCGCAACAAAGUUAGCUACAGCUGAUGAGGACACGGUCAAUGUUUCCAGACAAUUUUUUAUUUCCUACCUGAAAAACAUCGCCGACGCCACUGACCAGAUUAUAAACGUCAGCUGCAGUGUCCCAAAUGAUACAAGCCUCGAAGUUGGCUCCUACCUGGAAGUCGAUAAUAAACUUUCCAGUGAAGUGAAUGUUCUUGAUAUCGAGGAAUCUGCAUCGUCCAAAGUAACCUUAACUGUGGUCUACUCCAACGGUUCGGUAAUUGAUCCACAAAAAGAAAUCCAACUCGGGACGACCAUAAAGCUAAAAUUCACUCUACAUUCUGAUGCCCACAGUGUUUACAAGAAUUUUACCAUUGAUAAAUGCGUUGCUGAUAAUAAUGAAACGGAUCCUUCAAAAAAGAAAUUUACGAAUAUCAUUGACAAAAGCUGUGAAGUCUGGGACGUCCGUGCCUUAUUUUACGAAAACUUCUCUCCUCCCAAGCUAACAGAAAAUACAGCGACACUCUCUUUAAAGGCAUUUAUGUUCCUUGAUGACCAGACUGAUGGUCGAUUCGGCCUUGUCCGGUUCACAUGUACUGUGUUGUUGUGUGAACUAGUUUGUCCGCAGGUUUCAUGUGGCACCAAUUUAGCAAGAAGAAAACGGGCCACUGAAAGAGAAGAACAGGUGUCUGCCCUCAUCAAAGUUAUCGAUCCUGUUGCACAAGUUAAAGAGCUGAAGUCUGAACUGAGUGCUCCCGACUGCUUGAAGCAACCUGACAUGAUUGCAGUGAUUGCCACAUUGGGCGGGUUAAUCCUAAUCCUGAUCAUAAUCUGUAUCAUCAUUGUGUCUCGUCUGAUGAAAUCUGGCAAAAAAGUGCAGGACAACAACUUUGCUAUGCACAUACCACGGACGUACCUUAACUCAGCUUACAAACUCAACUGAAUAACUUUUGUUACAAAACUUUAAUAACUAUCAUCAA